AAACUUUGACAUUUUUCAUAGUGUGACGUUAUUCGAUUUCGAUUCAAUACGUGAUACUUACGCGAAAUUAGGGAGAAAUUUUCUGGAAAAUAAUAUUGUGUUUUUAUUUAUUGCCUUGGCCAUAUGAAGAACGUAACCAUUUAUUAAUACAGGUGAAAAUGUUGAGGUUUCGGCCAAAGCUAGGAAGUGAGCGCAACAGUGAGUGGCGCUGCUGUUUCUGCCUCCAUGUCCGCACAGGGACCAUUCUCCUUGGAACAUGGCACUUGAUGCUGCACCUAGUGGCGCUGGGUUUCUUGGCGGCCGUGGUGCGCGACCCGCGGCUGUUGGACGAGCUGGAGAGUGACUCCAACCCCAUGCCCACACCGCUGUCCAACGUCGACAACCGGCCCGGCACCUACAUGCAGCGAGACCACAACCACAGCCUUAUCUACCAUGAUCUGGAUGUCGGUGCACUGGUUACAGUGUGCACGCUCGCCAUCACGCUCAUGCUGAUCUACGGCGCGUCGCGCGGCAAGCCGGCGCACCUGCUGCCCUUCUUCUGCCUGCAGAUAUUCGACUUCGCCAUCACUGUAUUGACAGCAACCGGUUACCUGUACUACCUGCGCUCGAUCCACCGGCUGGUCGCGGAGACGAAGCGCGUGCCGUGGCGCGAGCAGCUCCUCGCGCUGCCGGCGCCCGCGCUCGCGCUGGUGGUGCUGUCCGUGUUCCUGCUGGCCGUGCUGCUGAAGGGUUACUGCAUCAGCAUGGUGUGGCGUUGCUACAAGUACCUGACGAUGCGCGCGCACGCGCUCCACAGCCUCACUCCGUUCGUGAUCUCCGGGGAGACCCUGGCCGCCCCGCCGUACACCGCGCCGCCGCCGCAGCCUGACUACUCCAGCCUGCUGCCGGACUACGAGGAGGCCGUGAAACAGACCCCGCCGCCGUCGUACCGCGCCGCGACGCUCAUGGCGCACGCUGAUCCCGCUGUCACCACGCCGCCGACCCCACCGGGCGCCGUGGCCGGCGCAGUGCCCGGCGCAGCGAGCGUGGCGCCGCCCGCCGACACCGUGGUGAUGCUGCCGCAGCAAGGCGCUCAGGCGCGCGUUUGAAUCUCACCGGACCUGCUCCACACUCGAGACUCCACAUUAUUCAUCAAAUAUGUACAGAAUACCCGAGUACCAGGUACCUCUUUUCUGUUGCCGAAAUAUACAUUUUUAAAUCCCAAACAGGAGGUUAGUUACUACUUCAUACAAAUCAACGUAAUGUUUGAAGAAACAUUAAUAUGGAAUUGUAUUAGCAUAGAAGUUAUCUUAUCUGUACAAUGAAAAUUGAGAUUAUUUAAUAACGCGAAUCAACUAUUUCAAUGGAAUAGAACAAACUAAAACUACCAGUGGAGUCUCAAGAGCUGAUUCAAUACAGUAUAAUAAUUAUAAAGUAUUUACCAAAUCGGGAUGUAAGGGGAAACAAGAGCUUGUUUUAUUUCUGUGACUAUUGUAUACCUUAUGACAGGCACAUAAGGUGCAGUAUGUAAGUGUGUAAAAACUAAAAUGUAAUCAAUAACUGUCAAUUUUCUCAUAACGCUAAAAUGAGCCAUCGCAAACGAUUACGUUUUACUGCGAUACACGUGUCCUAAAGUGCUUUCUAAAGAACCUUCGGUUUCAGAGCGAUAACACGGGAAUAAGACAAAUCAGUGUUCGCUUUACGAUUACGUCAGAUUUCACCCGAAAACCAAAAGCCUUUUUGAAAUCUCACGGGAUGUAGACUCUCUUUCGCUCUGAGUCGCGCGUCAGCACUAUUUCCUUAGCAGUUGAUGUAUCGGUACAAAAACAGCGUAUGCAAAUGGCUCUCAUUUUUUAUUUAUCUUGUAAGCUGACUUCAUCGGUGACAUGUGACGACUCCGUUAAAAUGCAAGGAAAAUCUACUCACUCUAAAACUAUCCAAAAGAAAUAUAAACGUCAACAUUUUGUAAACAAACUCAAAAUUAUAACAAAAAAUGUAAUAAUUAUUAUUUAAUUUAUUAAAGAUAGGACAGAAAGGUCAAACAACAUCGUCUACAUUAAGAUAUAGAAAUACCUAAUAAACUAUUGAAUUGGUUACUUUUCUGGUUUCAUUUCUGACUUGAGUGUUUACCGAUGGCUUCGGUUUAUAAGCCUGCUUGUCCAUCCUAACAUAUAAAUAAAUUGAACUACCUAAAUAGUCUAAUACUAUAUCUAAUACUAUGUCUAAUAGAAAUAAAGUAUCUAGAAUCGGGGGUUGAAAGUUUUAUUUUUUGUGGAUUUACAAAAUGCUUAAUGGAUAUUAUUACGAGAUGUUUUUCAUAUGCUUUAUCUCGUGUCUAUUUGUGUAAGCGCUUCUUUUAUUUGCAACGAAUAGUCAUAAAAUUACCUAUAUGUAUGUAUACCUAACUCCGCGAAAUAUCUGUAUUAUAAAUUUGGCAACCUCAAUCCUAAUAAAAAUUUAUAUACUUUUUGGCUUUACGCGUCAAAAUACAUAUUCAAAUAAAAUUAGUGCCAUUCCGUUGUGUUUUAAAAUUUUAUUUUUAUAUUGAUCUUCUUUGUAGAUGUAUAUUCCCUUCACUUAGAUUUCAUGUCUAAAUAAUAUAAUAAUAAAACAUGUAGAUAAAACUUUAAAAUCGAAAAAUAUGUAUGUUCAUAAUAUGGAUAGAAUGUUUCCCGUGAAAGAAAGCAACGAAAACUCGCCCAACGCAUUUCUUCUAUCACAUUCCUCUCUUGACAUGUGUAUUUGCGUGAAAGGACAGAUUGUCAAUUACUAAUGCUAUCGAUAUAUAAUAAUCUCAGGAAAGGGGCUAAAGUAUUCAUGUAUAUAAGUGCCAAUACAACGUAACUAGUAGGUAGACCUACCUAAUCUGACAAAUGCACACAAUAGAAAAACUAAGCAGCGCCGUGAACUCGUAGCGCGCUCGCCUUGAUUUCACCUGCCACUCCUGCCAGUGAGGUAGGAGCCUUCAUGCCGAAACAUAAGACAAGACGUCAUAUUUAUUUGAAUUUUAUUCCUCUUCUUGACUUAUUAUACAUUGAUGCCUACGGCAAAGCACCGUCCAUAUUCAUUAUCACUGCUACAACGGGCUCCAACUAUACUAACCAAAUAGAAAUGUAAUUUACCUAUAUGUAUAAGUGUGCCGUGUACCAUGUCGACGUUCCUAAGUAGGUUCAUAGACGGUAGCGCUCGUGUAGGUGUGGUAAAAUGUAUAGUAAUCAACUGUAAGGCUUAUUCCCAGUUACCACGUUUGUACCUACAGUGAAUAUUAUUUACAUAUUUUGAAUCAAUUUUCUUAAAGGAAUCACAAGCUUCUGUAAAAUAUGAUCUUAGUAAUUACAAUUACCAGUAUGUAAUAGAAUGACGUGGUAUAACGUUUGAAACUAGCGGGGCGUGGUAAAACUGGGAAUAACCAACUGUUUUAGUCAUUACCUAACUAUUUACAAAGUCCCAGUGCUGUCGUGCCUUAUGUCCUUGUUACAUCACAAGAUAUCAUUUGUAAAGUGUUUACUACUGAGAAAGUACCGCGGGGCAGGGCUUCAGCCCUAAAACAGUUAUAACUCACAGAGACAAGUCUAGGACAAAGGUACUAAGGAUCUUGAAACAUAUUAGACGAUUUUUCUUAGCACUCAAUCAAUCUGUGUAAGAAUGUCCUAUAAAAUUUAUUGCGGACAUCUUUCUCUUUUAUUCCCAUUUAGGUGUAAUUUGAGAAACAGAGAAAGAUGUUCUCAAUUGGUGUAAAGUGUAGGUAAAGUUGACCCAUCACCAGGUGAGGCUUACAGGCGCCGAACCUGCCCCGUGGUGGGCACUGGCCCCAGCGGACCAUUCUAGGUACCCAUCCUCGCUGUAAUAAGCAGCCAUAAGUUCCAUAAGGAGCAGAUACUGGGCAAUUUUGAUUGCUUUAAAUCUCUGGUUUGCUGAGUUACGUAGACUACCUGUGCUAAGGUAUCGUAAGUAGUUUCGCAAUGGCCUAAAGUGUACAAAAGAACGAAUUCUAUUAAGUAUUAUUCUUUGCUGUGUGUACUUACUUAUUUUAUUUUCCUAGGACCAUCUACUAUUUUAAAAAUAUUACUAACCCUAUUAGGUAGGAAUUUCGGAUGGGUCAAAUGAAGUUUAUUUUUGUUAGUCUAAAAAAGAAAAAAAUUGACUUACUAUGUAGGUAUCGCUUGUAAAGUAUUUACUUUGUGGUGAAGUUUGUAUAGCAUAAUGACUAUGUAGCUAUCUUAAAAGAUCUAAACUGUAAAAUUACUAAGUAAAUUGGUGUGCUAUGUACUAAAUUAUUCACGGUAUGUAAAAUAUGUAAGUCUUAAAUAAAUACACGUAAAAUGCCAA